AUGGCAGAAAAGCAGGACAUUGUGUCCGAGGAGGCUGAAAAUGCCCAGGGAUUCGACAAGAUUCAAGCGCUCGAUGGCAUCAUUAUGCCAGAAGAGCUCGCCGCUCUUUCUGAUGAGGAUCGCGAGAAAUUAGGGAAAAAGGCGACGUUGAAGAUGGACAUCGUUAUCAUGCCCGUAUUGGUCAUCAUGUACAUCCUUAACUACCUGGAUCGUCAGAACAUUGCAAGUGCCAAACUCGCCAACAUUGAGCAGGACCUCAACAUGUCACCAGUUCAGUACCAGACGGCUGUCAGCAUUCUGUUUUGCAGUUACAUUCUCUUUCAAGUACCCUCGAAUAUGAUCGCGAGUCGGAUAAAGUGGCCCGGAGUCUACAUUUGCCUCAGCAUGGCGCUAUGGGGAGCCAUCUCUGCCGUCAUGGCGUCGAUUCAUAACUUCGCUGGACUUAUUGUCGCUCGUAUUUUUCUCGGAGCUGUCGAGGCUGUGUUCUUCCCCGGAGCCAUAUACUUCCUCUCUCUCUUUUACAGCCGAAAGCAAUUUGCCCUUCGCAUGGCGAUUUUGUAUAGCGGUUCGCAACUCGGAAAUGCUUUUGGAGGCCUGUUUGCUAUCGGAAUCCUGAAGCUUGACGGGGUGCAUGGGAUAUCUGGAUGGCGAUGGCUGUUCCUCGUCGAAGGUGUUAUGACUGUUGGCCUCGCGAUCGUUUUCGCGCUCAUUCUCCCUAACUCAAAGAAUAAGAUUCUUGGGGUCUCCAAGCUCGAGAUAUUGUGGAUUCAGUGGAACUUCAACCAAGACUCUGGUCAAUCAGAAGAAACUCACGAGAUGACUGCCAUGCAAGGCCUCCAGGCUGCUGUCAGGGACCCAAAGACCUGGCUUUUCAUUGGUAUUCUCUACUGCACCUACAUUGUUGGCGCUGUCUCCAACUUCUUCCCUUCGGUUGUUGGAGGCCUGGGCUAUGACCGAAAUAAGACCUAUCUACUAACAGCUCCCCCAUUCCUUCUCUGCGUCAUCACCAUGCUUAUCAACGGCUUCCAUUCCGAUCGAGCCAGCGAACGCUUUUAUCACGUCACUAUCGCUCUCUGCGUCACGCUGGUAGCUAAUAUCAUUGCGGUGUCCACGCUUAAUAUCGCAGCUCGCUAUGUGGCCAUGAUGCUUCUGCCAGGCUCCUUUUACGCCUCAACCAUUGUGACUCUUUCUUGGAUCACUGGAUCGCUCUCACAGCCUACAGCCAAGCGAGCCAGUGCGAUUGCUUUCAUUAACGCGAUUUGCAACACGCCCAACAUUUGGUGCAGCUACCUCUACUCUGGCGGCCCUCGCUAUGUGACCGCCUUCGCAGUAAACGCUGCUGCUACUGGUUUGGCUAUCGCGUUUGCCAUUGCAGCAAGAAUCCACCUCAAACGCCUCAAUAACAAGCUAGAAAGGGGCGAAGAUGCCGGUAGACAUGGUCCUACAGCUGCUCAGGUUGCCUCGGGUUAUCGUUACAUGCUGUAG